CAACUGCAAGAUCAUGGAAGCUGGUGGGAAACUGGUCACGUGGUGUAGGCAGAUGAUCGCUGACCCUAAUUUUCCAAAUUUUGAGCAGUUUGAGGACGGGGUUGUUCCAUAUACCCUGGAUGGACCAGAAGAGAGCCGAGUGGAGGAAGAUGACGAAUAUUCUAGAACUCUGCAUGAGUACACUCUAUACUUCCAACCUAAUGAAGUCGCUGGGAAAGAUUACAAGACAUGGAAAGCGCGUUUACGAAACGCACUCAGAAAAAGUAAUUACAUUGAACGGCUGAAAGAUUUAGAUGAAUUAACUGGCCCGACUCCUCAUAUGGUUUGUAAAUUUAAGAGGCAAUCUGCUAGUUAUGAUCAUUCUUCAUCUAUCGAUGAAUUGGGCGAUUCGAAUUCGGGUCAAGAUUAUGAGAUGGUGAGUGAAGACAGUCAAUCGUGGGAACGGAGCCAGGAAUUUCAGGAGGGGAUGGACGUGGCACCAUCAUGGCCACAAACUUCUGACCAUCUGAUAAAUGGACAUGGGGACGUGGCACCAUCCUGGCCACAAACUUCUGACCAUCCGAUAAAUGGCCAUGGCGUCGUGGCACCAUCCUGGCCACAAACUUCUGACCAUCCGAUAAAUGGCCAUGGGGGCGUGGCGCCAUCCUGGCCCCAAACUUCUGACCAUGUGAUAAAUGGACAUGGGGGCGUGGCGCCAUCCUGGCCACAAACCUCUGACCAUCCGAUAAAUGGCCAUGGGGAAGUUGACCAAACCUGGCCACAAAAUUUUGAAAAUAUGAAUGGGCUUGUGGCUCAUGAUGAACUCUUGCCACACACCUAUACCCCUCUAGACAAGCCUGCGGAUCUUGAAACUCUUUUAACAUCUCAAUCAAUCGAACAACGAAUACAAACCUUAUUCGACAAACGGAUGCAUCAAACGGAGGCCACUCCAGAGCCCCUAUUGAUUAUUGAUGUUCUCUACGACAGCCCGAACAAAAACGUCAAGACAUUCACCUUGAAGGCGGAUGUCCCUCAAUGCCAUCUUUUCGCGCAAACUGUACACGACCAAACCCUGCAAAGAAAAAUCCAAGGCGACCGACAAGAAAUCCAAUUUGAACUGCCAGACUUAAAGUCUGUGCCAGACAUAUCUAAAAAAAUUCAAAAGUAAAAUCGAAAAAGUUUUGGACAAUUUUACCACAGGCGUCUCCAUCAAAUACCACAAUCAUAACAUCUACGUCCAGCGUCGCUGUAGCCCGCCUGUUUCUUUUUCUGAUGACGUCUCUAAGACCGAAUCACUUAAACGGAAGACAGGCGCGGAGGAAUUCGAUCUCAUCUUCGACUACAAAGAGUUCCUCAAUUCUCUAGUCCAUCACAUGCAGCACCCCGACUCCCCCGCGCCCAAAGAUUACACCCUUGUUAUCGUAGCUGGCAAGUAUCUGGCGCAUGAUACCAGCCCCAUGCGGAGAGUCCCGAUACAUUUUAAGAUUCGCCAUCUGUAUGCCUCGCAUGAUCUCAACGAUUGUUCGGAGAGGAGAGGCGAUGUCUUCGACUUCAGCAGCUUUUUUUCUACCAUGGAUUCACUUGAUAAAGAGAUCAAGGCAGCCAAAGAUCGAGAGAAGUGUUUGAACAAGUAGAUCUAGCUACUUGUGUUAGCGAUGUUUGGGAAGGAGAUGGUGGUUUUACUUACACAGGUGUUUGUUGUAUCACUUACGUAGGUGUUCGUGUUGAUACUUAAAUAGGUGUCGGUGUUUAUGUUUAAGUGUUGUUGUUUUUUUUUUGUAUCUGUGUUUUUUGAUUAAAUAGGUGUCAGUGUUUUUUUUGUUUAAAUAGGCUUCAGUGUUUUUGUUUAGGUGUUUUUUUUUGUUUUUUUUUUAAAUAGGUGUCGGUGGUUAUUUUUUGUUUAAAUCGGUGUUGGUGUUCUUUUUGUUUAAGUCGGUGUUGGUGUUUUUAUUUUGGUGUUGGUUUUAUCCACUAAACAUAGGUGUUGGUAUUGAUAAUUAAAUUGGUGUUGGUGUUUUUGAUUAUAUGUGUAGUUCUUGGUAAACGGAGUUUCACAGUGUGUGUUAAAAAUCAU